AUGUGGAAAAAUAGGUCUGCUAAGGUACAGGUCCCGGAAUCUGAACUACCUUCUUCAAUACCUCCUCAGGUAGGAUUAAGUUUUAAUGUAUGGUAUAAUAAGUGGUCACAAGGACAGAGCGGUACUUCUCGAUACGUGAACCCUUAUAGGUUGGAACCACUGUUGCACUCCGGUACUACUAUUGGUGAUAAGACCAGUAAUAACUUUUUUUGUCUUUUUUUUGCUAAGGGAAUGUGCUGUUUAGGGAAAAAAUGUACUUAUAAGCAUCAUGUACCGGCUGAAGAAGAUAACCUAUCACUUUCAAUGAGUACAGAUGUAUUGGAUUGUUUUGGAAGAGAGAAAUUCGGUGACUAUAGAGAUGAUAUGGGUGGUGUAGGGUCAUUUAGAAAACGUAAUAGAACAUUGUACAUUGGCGGAUUAACUGGUGCAUUAAAUAAUGAAAAUUUUAAACCUUCACAGAUUGAAGGAAGAUUACGGUUUGCAUUCUCCAGACUGGGAGAGAUAGAGACAAUACGGUACAUUGAAGCGAAGAAUUGUGCGUUUGUAACUUACAGGUUCCAAGCCAACGCCGAGUUUGCGAAAGAAGCAAUGAGUAACCAGACAUUACUGACUCCGAGUGAUAAAAAAUGGGAUGAGAGGAAAGAUGGCACAGGCCUGUUGGUGAAGUGGGCCAAUGAUGAUCCUGACCCCAUUGCUAGAGAAAGAAGAGACAAAGAAGAGACAAGAGAAACUUUAAAGAUAAUGGAAGCUCUUAUAGCUGCUGACACCUCCAAAGCAAUACCUGUGGAAACUGCCCCUACGAGAACAACCCCAAACAUUGCCGUCUCUAGUGUUGGAAAUAAGAAAAGAUCCGUUUUCACAGAUUCACUACUUGCCACGUUGAAAAAACGUAAAUUGCCAAAGAACAUCAUCCCACCAAAAUCCAAGAUUCCAUUGAUAGAUUAUGAAUCUUCAAGUGAUGAAGAUUGA